AUGGAUUAUUUGGAGAAUCUGUUAGCUAUUCGAGCCGCAUUCACUUUCGAUGAGCAAAUCAGGUACAUGGGUUGGGGACUUCUGCUUCUAUGGAUGCUAUCAAUCACAUACAUGACGAGAGAAUUCUGGUUUCCAUCAACGUUUGGGACGAAUUCUCCUCGCCAAGAACAGAAAUCGCCACCUCGGACCCGAAAAAAACCUAUUUCACCGCAGUGCUUCAGCACGACAAAGUUGAAUCUCACCAUCACUCAAUUGUCUGACAGUGAACUUCGGAUGUUCGUUGACGAAGUCCAACGCAAGUGUGAGUACUACCUAAGCAAGCGCGAAUGUCUUUCAUCGAAGGAAUGA